UUGCUCGAAAGCAUUAAAAUUGCUGAAAAAUAUAACAAUUCUUAAUGAAAAAUGGAUAACAGUACAAUAAUAAAGAGCUCCAAGGCCUGUGAAAGGUGUGGCAAGUGUUUUUCAAAGCCUUCGCUGCUGCGACGCCAUCAAGUUGUGCACAACAAGGAGAAACCGUUUUCAUGUAGUGACUGCUCCAGUCACUUCUCACAGCAAAGUUCUUUGCAGCGGCAUGUGCGGGCUAAGCACAUGCUGCCAGAGGAUUCCGGUGGCUCCAAAGUGGCGCAACAUGCUCUGGACGCCUUGAAGCAAUUGCAGGCAGGUCACAGUGCAAUAGAUAUCCCUAUGAUAAGUACUCAGACACAGGCCACACUUGAGGAGCAGCCGCCAUGUCAAUUGGUGCAGCUUAAAGAUAAGCUUAAUCCAAAUAAUAAACUCCAUGUGCUGCCCACACAGUCUAUACUCCGGAAGAUGCAUAGCAAGUGCUUCUAUGUGUGCGAAUAUUGCGCUAAGGAGUUUAGCAAAACAUACGAUCUAAUAAGACACCGUCGAUCACACACGAAGGAGAAGCCUUAUACAUGCAGUCUUUGCCUCAAAUCUUUCGCCACAAAGUCCAAGUUGAAUGAGCAUCGGAAGCGACAACAUGCAACGAUGAAGAAAUACGUUUGCUACAACUGCAGUGCCUGCUAUGCUUCCAAAACUCGACUACACAGGCACUUGGCCGAGGAACAUCAUCAUUUGGACAUCCCUGAAGCACAACAGAGACUUGACACAGAUCUUCAGGUCACAAAACUCGUUCAACUGCUGCCACAUCCCAUUGUGUCGGAGCGUAGCUUUAAAUGUCUGUACUGUAAAAAGCAGUUCAAUCGCAAGUUCAACUGUCGGACUCACAUGGUGACACAUUUGAGGCGCUUGCUGAGUGUCCAGUCCGAGCAGGAAACACACCAAAGCUGUCAACAAUGUGGCAAACAAUUUCAAAAGCCCAGCGAUCUAAGGCGCCAUUUACUGACGCACUCCAAGCUCAAACUACAUAUAUGUCAAGUGUGUGGAAAACGCUUCACGUUAAAGUCCACGCUGUCCAGGCACUUGCAGACACAUGAACCUCAACGUCAUCCAAUCAACUGCCAAGUAUGUGGCAAGUCCUAUGCAUCCAAAACAGCGCUGCAGCUGCAUCUGCGUGUGCACACCGGGGAAAGACCAUUUACCUGUGAAGUUUGUGGUGAAACGUUUCGUACCUCGGGACAUAGACUAGAGCAUAUGCGUGGCGACCGCCAUAGAAUGGUCAGCUCCAAUACACUCAUUAUGUGAAUGGGAAUUUCAAUAAUAUAAAUGUCUAUAUUUUAUAUAAAUAUCAAUACUAUUACAACUAUGUCCCCACAUUUCCAAUUAUUGUUGUUGAUUAAAUCCUGGCGAGGUGCCGUAAUAAAACUGUUUAUCAAACA